AUGGAAGCUGCACCAGCGAAGAUGAUUACUCUGAAGAGCUCUGACGAACAGAUCUUCCUUUUCGACGUGACUACCAUCACAAGCAAUAUCUUGGCAAAGAUGACUACCAUCCCGGGAAAUAUCUUGGCAAAGGUAAUCGACUACUGCAACAAACAUGCUGAGGUUGCGACUAGUGAUGAAGAUAAAAAGAUCUGGGAUGAACAGUUUUUGAAUUUGGAUUUUGGAACAAAUGCCCAGAUAUUUUUAGACAUGAUGCAGGUUGCGGAAUUUCUCAACAUACAGGGAUUGAUGGACCUGAUAUCCAAUAAAAUGGCCAAGUGGAUGACUGGUAAACCACUAGAGGAUAUACGCCAGGCAUUCAACUUGACAGACGAAGAAUUCCAAAUAACCCCUGAAAAAGAUGAAGAGAUUAAUAGGAGAUUAGAGUUUCUUAGUCGUAGGCGAAUGUUGGGCCUUUGA